AUGGCGUGGGCGCCAGGUCCCCAAAGACCCGGCGGGGUCCCUCCGGCCCACCGGUACGUUGCUGCGGGUCCAGGGCAGCAGAGCGUUCAGAUGAAGAAUCCGCGUAGCUCCGUUGCGGGGCAUCGAGAGUUUGUGGAUGUUCUACGGUCUCCUCAUAGAGGAACUGUUUCUCAGAUGCACCCUCUGUCUCCUGCUCUAUCGCCGAGAAACUCUGCUUCCCAGGGCCAACAGUCUCUGCUGAAUGUGGCACCGGGGAUCGUGGUUUCCGGCCAGCUGCCUGCGCGCUCUGCUGCAGGACAUGCGGUCGGAUUUCCCAGUGUCCGCACGCCUAGACACCAAAAUAGCAUGAAUUUAGGAUUAGAGCACACCAUUACCAUACAGGGGAUGCACGACAGGCAAGCUAGCGCAAUGUCCGGCCCCAGCAGUUGGCAAGCUGCACCGGGGCGGCCGCCUCAUGCGGCUGCAUGGUUUCCUCCGCCGUCGACACGGCCUUCACCGUCGGUGGACACCGCGUCGCUGGAGCAGCUGAAGAUGAUGAAGCUCCAGUUGCUGGAGGAGCAAAAAUGUCACCAGGAGAAGCUGGCGGGGCUGAAUCGCGAAGCUCUGGAACUCCAGCAAUCGCUCCGCAGCCAACAGGCGACCGUGCUGGAGCUUCAACAGAGGCUGGUUAGCCAGCAGAGAGCGUUUGAGGAAGAACUCGUGGCUCUGCGACUCUCUGCGCCUCUCACCUUCGUCUCGCCCUCCGCCCAAGGAACCUACGAGACGCGAGACCUGAAGGCCCUGCGCGAUGUUGGAGUGGAAGAAACGACUGAUCCUCACAGGCCAUCGACAGGAGGCGAGAACCCCUCAGACAGUACCCUGCUCGCGAGAAAGAGACAGCUACAGGAGGCGGAGGCGGCCUUGACGGCGACACAGGAGAGGCUGGAGGCGACGCGACGCAUGCUCCACAACGCGAUCGAGGAGGAGGAGUCAGGCUCAGAGAAAAGACGAUCUAGUCCCGAACGUGAGCGGAAAAGAGAUGACGCUGCGCGUAGCAACAAGAUAGCAUCAGACGAGGCCGCGUCGUCGCAGAAGCCUCCAGAUCGAGUUGAGGGCGCAAGCAGACAACUCCGCGUGGCCUCAGCCACAAAACAGGAAGAGGCGGGGCGUGACGAAGGGAAGAACAACCUGAAAUCGAUUUCGUCUCAGAAUCUGGUGGUCUCGAAGGCGCUGUCAGGACAGACACCCAUGGCGAACUCUGUUCUUUCUUCAGAGGACUCGGUGAAGAAAAGCAAUGGACUCAGUCAAGGACGCAUGGGAGCAGAGACCGCGAGUGUCUCAAAGGAUCCAAGUUCAACCUUAACCUUUGGGGGUUCGUCUCCUGUCAUAGUUCGCAGCCCCAGUCCCCGAGAGAGCUUGCGGAAAAGCACGCAAAAUCCUACGCCCCAGAACGUGGACAAGGUCACCACAUCGAAGGUGACUCCAGCCCUGAAAGAGUCCCGCACUUUCGGGUUGUCAAAGGGGUCCCCGCUUGAAGGCGGCAAGGCUCCAGGGUCCCCUCGUUCUCUGGAUGUCCCCGCAGCCGGCCGUGCGACUCCAAAAGUGAACAUAUACGCCGCGCCGGAGAUGUCCACGUCAUCUUACAUUGGGAAGCUGCUGAAGGGCGCCGACUCUGGAACCAAGACUUCGUCUGUGAUACCUCCGUCUCAGGGAUCUGGAAAGGUGAAUUCGUCAAGAGUUUUAGGCCAGUCAGACGGUGCAGGGGUCUCCGUGCUUAAGCCGAGCACGCAGGCAACGACGCACCUGCAGGUACCGUCUUCUCUGACACGGCGUAGUAUGCUUUUGCCAUGCUCAGCUGGCACCUCUAGAGCCCCAGCGGGAAAGGGAGAAAAAGAGCAGACUUCGAGACCCGCGACAGAUAAAGGCAUGAGCAAUGCCGGGAACAAACAUCCCGCGGGCACAGUGCCAAAAGCUGUUGCGACACAGCAUCUUAAAGCUGGAGAAACGACUCUUUUAGUACCGUCGCAUACGCGUAUAAUUGUCCCGCGUUAAUUCCUCGUUCUGUGCCCUUGUUCCGAGCGAAUGCACACGUUUGCAUCACUCCUGACGCUUCCUGCUUUCCAACUUUGAAUGAGCUGGAUGUCAAAAUUUUGGUGGACAUGUUGA